UCCCCUCCUACCUCCCCGCAUCUGACAGCGUCCCUCCCUCUCUCCCUCUCUCUCCUCCUCCUCCGCCUCCUCCUCCUCUUCUCAUUAGGCUUUUCACCGGCAAAACACCGACACACUCCCUUUCCCUUUACCCGGGUAAUAAACACGGAGCGGCGGCUGGAGCUGGAUUGACCUCCCGGUGCGCACCAUCCAUGGUCCUCCCUUGGAUGUCCUUCUGACAGGAGGGUUGGUGUGACUUUGCUGAAGCGACAGAGGCGGGUCUUACGUCUGAGGGGAAGUGUACGUGAUCUGGAGUCCUCCCAUCCACCAGGGGGCAGCAGCAGCAGGCAUGCAGGACUCAACCUCAGACAGCAAGAUGGCCAAACAGGAGCAGAACUCUAAACAUCUAGACGACCACAAAGAAAUGGACGACAUGUCGGAGAAGACAUCCCCAAACAAGAACCUGAAAUCCCCCCAGAAAGGCUCCAAACGCCUCAAAACCGUCCCCUUCAAAAUGACUCUGCUCGACUCCUCGGAGUUUGAAGGAGAAAUCGAGAAACACUCUAAAGGACAGACCCUGAUGGACAUGGUCUGUGAACACCUCAACCUGCUGGAGAAGGACUACUUCGGUCUGACCUUUGCUGACACUGACACCCAGAAGAACUGGUUGGACCCCUCCAAGGAGAUCAAGAAGCAGAUGCGCAAUUCUCCGUGGCUCUUUGCCUUUGCUGUCAAGUUCUACCCUCCAGAUCCGUCCCAGCUCAUGGAGGAUAUCACCAGAUACUACCUGUGUCUGCAGCUGAGGGACGACAUGCUGUCAGGACGCCUGCCGUGCUCCUUCGUCACUCACGCCCUCCUGGGCUCGUACACCGUCCAAGCCGAACUGGGUGACUACGACCACGAUGACCACGGAUCCGACUACGUCAGUGAUUUUCGCUUUGCACCCAAUCAGACGCGUGAGCUGGAGGAGAGGGUGAUGGAGCUUCAUCGAAACUACAAGGGGAUGACUCCAGCAGAGGCUGAAAUUAACUUCUUGGAAAACGCAAAGAAACUGUCCAUGUAUGGAGUGGACCUCCAUCAUGCUAAGGAUUCUGAAGGGAUUGACAUAAUGCUGGGUGUCUGCGCCAACGGCCUGCUGAUUUAUCGUGACAGGUUAAGGAUCAACCGCUUUGCUUGGCCCAAGAUCCUGAAGAUCUCAUAUAAGAGGAGCAACUUCUAUAUCAAGAUACGACCUGGAGAGUAUGAACAAUUUGAAAGUACCAUCGGUUUUAAGCUUCCAAACCACAGAGCUGCCAAGAGGCUGUGGAAGGUCUGCAUUGAGCAUCACACAUUCUUCCGGUUGGUGUCUCCAGAGCCUCCUCCAAAGGGCUUCUUAGUUAUGGGUUCCAAGUUUCGUUACAGUGGAAGGACACAGGCUCAGACCAGACAAGCCAGUGCCCUCAUAGACCGUCCUGCCCCACACUUCGAACGAUCAACCAGUAAGAGAUAUCUGCUGUCCAGGAGCUUGGAUGGAGAAUUCUCACGGCCGGUAUCGUCCAUGUGUGAGAACCACGACAGCCUAUCCCAUCGCAGCAUCAGCGAACAGCGGCGCCUCCGCAGCCCGUCUGUGGACGAGCAGGAGACCGAGCUGGAACCCAGUUUGGAACAGGACGAGGAGGAGAGGGAGCAAGAACAAGACCGGGAGAUGACACAAGACAAUGAGAAUGACGGGAACAUGACCCCAAGCAAAAAGAAAGAAAUCAUGGAGGAGGCUGGGUCACCAGUUGACAGUAAACAGGAGCUCUGUCAGUUGGACCAGGAGACCACUCCUCGGCACAAACAGGAGUUUUUGGAUAAGUCACAGGAUGUGUUGCUGAAGCAUCAGGCCAGUAUAAAUGAACUGAAGCGAGCCCUGAGGGAACCCAACAGCAAGCUGAUGAACCGGGAGAAACGUCUGUCGGCGACCUCCCCGACUGGUACUCCGGAGAAGAAGGCUUUGGUGGGCCGAGCAAUGGGAAAGGACCCUGUUAACAGCCUGGCUGUUGAGGGUUUCAUCCAGAAGACUCUGGUGACUUCACCUGAGGGCUCUGAGGAGUGGGUAUUGAUUGAAAAACAAGAAAGUUAUCAACAGGACCUUGACUGGAAGGCAGAAGAAAAGAACAAACCUCCCACCUCCCCUCCUUUCACAUCUGAUUCCUCUUGGGAGCAGAAGGAACUGGAGAUAGAUGUUACCAAGAUGAGGCAUACGGAGGUGACAGGGUGUGACAGAAAAGAAAUGAAAAGCCAUAUUGAUGGAUUCCCAUCAACAAAAGUGUCCAGAGAGGCUGAUGUAUGCGGCGAGCCAUGGUCGACAAACAAAAGUCGUUUUGUGAUUCAAUUAUCUGAGAAUGCAGACUUAUUUCAAGAUAAAUCUCAAAGUAAACCUUCUCAAGCCUCAGACCCUGAGGCAAACAACAAUGUGGCCCCAGGCUCGCGCCAGAUAAAAGAACAUACAGCUUCUAAACCAAGGAAAAAAAGAAGACCCCAGAGCUUAAACCUUGGAAUGUCUGCAGAGCUUGCCUACAAGAAGGGAGGCAGUGAUUCAACAGGAGAGGAAAAUGAGGGCUCAGAGUCAGAUGACAGUCCAGAGACGACAUCUGAAACAGGAAAUCAUUGUGAAUCGUCUCCAGUGAUAUCUAUGAAAGAUGAUCAGGGAUCAGGAAAGGAUCAGGCUGUCAGACUUAAUAAAAACAGCAAGGAAGAUGAUCUAUCAGUAGGAGAGAGCAGGGAGGUGUCCAAGCAAGGGGCAGAGCUUGUAAAGAAAAUAGUGAGCCAAGUUGGGACAGCAGAUAUUGAUUUAAGCUCAGUCAACGGACCUGGAAAAGUAGAACAUGAGAGUUCAUUAACAGGUGUUAAAGGGGACUAUGUGAUGAAGGUACGAGGAAAGGGUCUUAUUGACAACAAAGAGCUAGCUGAGGUGAAGCUGCGACAGGUCAGGACACAUGAGAGGAAGAUCAGCAGUUCUGGAGGGGAGGAUAUCGACAGCGUUCUGGGAGACAGAGGACAGAGGACAUCUUUCCACCGACUGUCAGGCAGCCAUCAGUCGGAAAUCACUCGGAUUGUACCUCUUAAGCCUGAACGCUCAAAGAGUGUAGCAUGUAAGGAUGAACGGGACAGAACAGGACACGACGAACCCACAAGAAUCAUCAGACGAGAGUACCGCUGGUCGGUCGGCUCUCCGGAGGGGUCCUCAGACCUGAACUGGACCGAUGUCUCCUCAUUCCACCCAGAGUUUGCAUCAGAUCUAGACACCAAAACAGAACACGACGAUAGCUUUCAGUCUGGUCGAGGACCAACAGAGAGUCAUUCAUUUGGCUCAAAGAUUUCAGCGCUUCCCAAAAUGGCUCCUCCAGCGCCGCCGGUGAAAACACAGAAGGCCAGGGAGUCUGGACUGAUACUGCGGAACAGCCGAAACGCCGGCAGGGAGCCGAGCCUGGACGCAGCCAAGAAGAGACACUCGGAGCCCGUCUCGACUCCUGCCAUUUAUGAAGAGCCAUUUGCCGAUUUCAAGAAGGAGCUGGUGGACCGGAGACCCCCACCCAACGUGGCCUCAGAGGAGGAGCAGGAGCGUGACACUGUGGCCUCCAUGAGGGAAACCCACCUGGGCAUCGAGCGGAAGUGCUCCAGCAUGACAGUCAGCUCCACGUCCAGUCUGGAGGCGGAGGUGGACUUCACCGUCAUCACCGACCUCCACCCGGGCGUGGACGACUUCUCCAGGGGCAUCGUCGAGCUGGGGGAGAGGGAGCGGCAGCCGGAGGUGGGCCGCGAGGACUUCGAGGAGACUUCCAGGUUCUACUCGGCCCGUCUGAUGGGCUCCAGGGACAAGUCGCCCAUAGAGGAGAAGCUUCCAGAGGAGGGGACGCAUCCAGAGCCUCCGGUGGCGAAGAAAGACCCCAACUCUGUAAGUAUGGCCCAUAUGUUGAAGAGGACGGACAUGAAGCCAGAGACGCACACGAAUGGAUCAGAAGUCCACCACGGUAUCAUGAACGCGUCACCACAGAACUAUGGAGUCGUCAGCCCGAGGGAGGCUCCUGCCGCCGUGAAGGAAAAUGGCUCCCCAGUAAAAGCUGCCACUGUGGGGAGGGAGUCUGUUGUGUCCCCGCUGACCAUCACCGCUGAGAGUGUCACCUCAGCAACCACAACUCAAGUUACCAAGACUGUGAAGGGAGGCUACUCAGAAACCAGAAUCGAGAAGAGGAUUAUAAUUACAGGAGACGAUGACGUGGACCAACAUCAGGCGCUGGCCAUGGCCAUCCAGGAGGCCAAGCAGCAGCAUCCUGACAUGUUGGUGACGAAAGCAGUGGUUAUCAGGGAAACAGAGUCUCCCACUGAGGAGCUGCAGCAGAGAGAACAGUCCUGAUGGGUCAUGGUGGCUCCUGAGAGGGGACGGGGUGGAGCCCCCUGGAGGCCCAUGGAGGCCCCGCAGUACGCCACCAACCUGACAAACAGGACUGUCCACCCCACUGUGGAAACACCCACACCAGAACUGACUGCCUUCCACCACACCUCCACUCCUGUCCCUUUAGACAAAUCAACUGUGACCCCGCCUCCUCGUCCUGUCUCGGCCAAUCCCAGCCCUCCACUUUCUUCCAGGAGAGAAAACGCAUCAGAUGGUUUUACCCUUUGGUUUUAGUGGAGUUUUAAGAUUAGACGUGAAACUCGAUUACAGCUGUUAAUAUAUAGAUUUACCUCCGUUACAGUCAUUUGUUUGACAGUUUACUCCUGUUAUUUAAUCUGACACAUUUUGACUUUUAUAAACUCUGUCCCCGUCAGCCUCCACGCCCUCUACCGCAGAUUACUUAUUCCUAUUUUAAGGUCAUAAAUACGUGCCCUGUGCUACUGUUAUAUAUGAAACAACUACAAUAAGAGCAGAGGAAGACUUGGACAGUGCUGGUGGGAGUUCAGUAUAAUCAGCUGUCUUAUUAGCUUUUUACAUUUUUAUCUAUAGAGGAUCUAAUUUAUGUCCAGUGUUUGCUUGUUUAUGAGAUAUGUAUAAUAUCAGAUGACUAUAAUCUGCAUGAUUCAAUACAAAAAAAAAAAA